CGUCACUCGCUCGUGUUUUUUCUUGUAGCCAGAGGAACUGAAUUUCAAUUUUUGCUAUUCUAUUCGUUUUUAUUGUUCACACACUUGCUCUAAUUCGCAUUCGCAUUCGAUUUUAUAUUUACUUUUAUUAUUUUCAUCUUACUUUGGCAGUCGCAAUCGUUAAUUCUCCACUUCACUGCAACAACGCGAUAGUGCUCUCGACAAUUUACAUUUUCAGGUCCAAAUAAAAAUGAGCUGGAAGAAGGACGAGGACACAGAUGAGCUCGGGGCGCUGAUGAAUCUGGACCACUCUAUGGUAUUGCAGGAGGCACGCGUAUUCAACGAGACACCCAUUCGCCCCAGACAUUCGCGGCUGCUGCUCGCUAAAAUAAUAUUCUUGAUGUACCGCGGAGACACAAUGCCGACCACCGAGGCAACAAAUUUGUUCUUCAGCAUCACCAAGCUGUUCCAGUGCAAGGACAUGUCGCUGCGGCAGAUGGUUUAUCUGACGAUCAAGGAGCUGUCGACUGUCUCCGAGGACGUGAUUAUGGUCACCAGCAGUCUGAUGAAGGAUAUGCAGCCAAAAUCUGAGAUUACUUAUCGUGCAAAUGCCAUCCGCGCACUGUGCAAGAUCCUCGAUCCGUCGAUGCUCCCGGGAAUCGAGCGUUUCAUCAAGUCAGCUAUUGUGGAAAAGUCGCCGAGUAUUGCGUCGGCCGCGCUGGUGUCGUCUUAUCACUUGUUCAAGGAUUCCAAGGACGUCGUUCGUCGCUGGGGCAAUGAGGUCAGCGAGGCACUGAACGGCAAGUCGCUGAACCAGGGCACUUCGUUCUUUGGUGGCUCGGCGGGGCAGAAUCAGGUUGUGAGUAACUCCAAGAUUGUGCAGUAUCACGCGUUGGGUCUUAUGUACGCUAUCCGCCAGCACGACCGCAUGGCCGUGCUCAAGAUGGUGCAGGCUUUCUCUUCCCAGGGCAAGACCAGCAGCUGGAUAAGUAGCUCUAACGCCGCGUUGCGCAGCGACAUGGCACAGGUGCUUCUUGUGCGCUAUGCUGUGCGCGUGAUGGAGAAUGACCCGAGUCUCCUGCCACAGCUGUACACCCUGAUUGAGGAAUGGAUGGGCCACCGCUCGGACAUGGUCAGCAUUGAGGCUGCGCGCGCCAUGUGUCAGCUCAAGGAAGUUACUGCCAAGCAGCUCACACCGGCCGUUAACGUGCUGCAGCAGGCGCUGUCGGCAUCGCAAAAGCCAACUCUACGGUUCGCGGCCAUUCGCACGCUCAACGCCCUGGCGCGCACGCACCCCGAGGCGGUGCAGCCGUGCAACGUCGACAUGGAGGGUCUGAUCACCGACAGCAACCGCUCAGUGGCAACGUUUGCCAUCACCACCCUGCUGAAGACAGGCAAUGAGGCGUCAGUUGACAGGCUCAUGAAGCAAAUGCAGGGCUUCAUGGCCGAGAUUAGCGACGAGUUCAAGAUCAUCGUUGCUGAGGCCGUGCGCAGCCUGUGCCGCAAGUUCCCUGGAAAGCACAGCGUGUUCCUGGGAUUCUUGUCUGGCGUUCUGCGCGACGAGGGCGGUUUUGAGUUCAAGCGCGCGGCUAUCGAGGCGAUCGUGGACCUGGCCAAACACGUGCCAGAGUGCAAGGAGGCUGCCCUGGCGCACCUGUGCGAAUUUAUCGAGGACUGCGAGUUUACCAAGCUCUCGGUCCGCGUGCUGCACUUUCUCGGCGAGGAGGGCCCUCUGACCGCACGGCCGACCGUAUACAUCAGGCAUAUUUACAACCGCGUCGUUCUUGAGAACGCCGUUGUCAGAGCAGCCGCAGUCAGCGCACUAGCCAAGUUUGGGUCGUCGCCCGUGGCCGACGCCUCGCUGCAGCGGUCUGUGCGUGUCCUGCUCAAGCGCUGCCUGGACGACCGCGACGACGAGGUGCGCGACCGUGCUGCUUGGGCGCUGCGCAUGUCCGGUGACAGCCAGACCACCCGCGACAAAUACGUGCGCGACGACAGCACCUUUGCGCUGGCUGUUCUCGAGCGCAAGCUGGUUGAGUACUGCGCCGACUCAUCAGCCUCAGCCAAGGGCAGCUUCAACUUUGAGAGCAUCCCGCGCAUCUCGCGCGCUCAGGAGGAGGAGUCGCGCAACCGUACGCGCAUGGAGAACAUGGACGCUGUGCUGACGGGCACUACGCUCAGUGCGCCUUCCGGUAGCGGCAGGAAGACCGGCGGCGGCGAGAGCUCUGCGCCGGGCACGCCUGGUAUGGGUAGCGGCACCGCUGCUUCCGGGUUUAUGGACUCGUUCGAGCAGCAGGCGCAGUAUGCCAGCAAGCUCAAUGCGAUCCCCGAGCUGGCUGCAUUUGGCGAGCAGCCGCUAGUGUCGUCGGCAAAGGCAGUCGAGCUGACAGAGUCCGAGACCGAGUACGUCGUGCACUGCAUCAAGCACGUUUACGAGUCGCACAUUGUGUUCCAGUUCGACAUCACCAACACAAUCCCGGAGCAGGUGCUCGCGCAGGUGGAGGUCUCUAUGGAGCCCGAGGAGGACAUCGAGGGCGUUUUGCAGCCGAUCGUUGUUGUGUCCAUCCCAGAGCUCAAGUGCGACGAGCCUGGAACCGCAUAUGUGGCCUUUGAGCACACCGAUCCCGACACGUUCCCGGCUGUUUCGUUUGCUUGCACACUCAAGUUCACCGUCAAGGAGUGCGACCCGUCGACCGGAGAGCCUGAGGAGGGCGACGACGGAUUUGAGGACGAGUAUUCGCUCGAGGCAACCGAUAUCAGCGCCGGCGACUUCAUGCAGGCGACAUAUAUUCCUGAUUCACAGGCGCUGUGGGAGGCCCUGGGCACCAACGGCGAGGCCAUUGAGACGUUUGCGUUGGCCAACUUUGACAGCAUCGAGGAGUGCAUAGCCAAGGUAUCCGACCUCUUGGGUAUGUGCCCGCUGGAGGGCGCGUUGAAGCCCAAGAGCAAGGCCGCCCACCAGGCCGUGUUCACCGGCAGAUGGCUGGGCCGCACUCGGGCAGUGGCUAGGACCAGAAUGACGUACCAGAAGGGAACCGGUGUCACCAUGGAGCUUGCUGUGCGCAGCGAGGACCACACUGUCAGCGAGCUGGUUGUGUCAGCCAUUGCCUAAGCAAGCGAGUGGCCUCUUAUUUUCACACAUUUUUUAUUUUCACUGUCAAGUCACUUUUAUCUAUUAAAUUUUUUUAUUCAAAUGGGAAUAAACAAUCAUUUUAUAUUGUUUUA